UUUGAAAAAGUUAAUUUCACUCAUUUUAUCCACUAUCACACCUGUGAUGGAUCGUAUAGAAUCAAACUCUAAAACAGCUCUUGACGCAGCACAACACACGGAGUCCACUAAUUUUGAUGAAAACUAUGAGCCACACGACCACAAACCGACGGGUAAAUCUGCCUCAAAUUUUGCAGCAAUAUCACUUCUGAUCAAAUCUGUUGUCGGAACCGGGAUCCUAGGAAUGCCCAGAGCUUUCUACAAUGCAGGCUACAUUCUCGGAACAUUCGGCACGAUAUUUAUCGGAAUAAUAACAGCCACUACCUCUCAUUUAAUUGCUGAAUCGGAACACGAGUUGUGCAGGCGGAAAAGAAUUCCUCGCAUGACUUAUCCUGAAACAGUCGAAGCGGCGUUUGAACAGGGCCCUCGAAAUGUAAGACGAUUUAAAUAUAUUGCAAGAGUGAUCUGCAGUUCGUUUUUGGUGAUGAUGGAGUUCAGCGGUGGCUGUGUGUAUUUGAUUUUCAUCGCUGAAAAUAUUAAAGAGGUAUGUGACCAUUUAUUUUCUCCAGCACCGCUGAAAUUUUACCUGAUCUGUCUUCUUGGGCCACUCACUUUGUUAUGCUGGAUAAAAAAUCUAAAAAAUUUGGCACCCGGGGCAGCAAUAGGCACUAGUUGUGCCACAGUUUGUAUUGGUGCCGUAUAUUCUUUCAUUUUUUCAGAGCCAAUUUCGUUGGAGGGAAGAAAAGCAACUGGAUCACUCAAGAGUUUUGCCCUUUUCUUCGGCACGUCUAUGUUCGCACUUGCAGCUUUCGCAGAAAUAAUGCCCAUAAAAAACAGAAUGACGAAACCGGCAAAUUUCACCUCGGUUUGCGGUGUUGUCAACGUAGCGAUGGUUUCGAUCACACUUCUCUACCUCACCAUGGGAAUCUUUGGGUAUUUAGCUUACGGAGCAAACACCCAAAAUCCCAUUACACUGAAUCUGCCACAAACUGGAAUCAUCGGUGAUUUGAUUUGCGGGCUACUGGCUGGUUCCGUCUUUCUCAGCUUUCCUAUCGGAUUUUACGUUGUUGUCGAGGAACUUUGGCACAAGAAUUUAAAGUUGAAAUUUGGCCACUCGAAAUAUUUGGAUCAAUGGGAGUACGGAAUUCGAACGGUUCUAACAUUCACUACAGUCCUCUGCUGCAUUGCGAUUCCUAACCUAGAGCUUUUCAUGGCACUUGUGGGUUCUCUGAUGAUGCCCGCCGUAGGCCUGUGGUUUCCGGCUAUCAUGCACAUUCUUACGUUUUGGAAUGAGUACACCGGAUUUAAACGUGUUCUCUUAAUUUUUAAGAUUUCCAUUCUCAUAUUUACCGGUAUGUUUGCUCUCGUUGUCUCUGUAUCCGUCACCCUUCUCGAAAUUUAUGAGACAGUCCUCUAAUUAUAAUAAUUUCUCGCUCCUGCAUCAAAACCAUGCUAUCUAUCUCAAUUGCAAUGAAUCAUCACACUUUUCCAAGCCUCUACGUCAAUUCAGCGACCCAUUACUUUAUGGAGGGGAACUCUGUCCACCGAUUUUAGGUGUCAGUAUAAUGAACAGGGAUGUACCGUUUUUGAAUCUUUUACUGUCAACAUUGCUCAUAGUGUUACGUACUCUGUAUUCUCUGAUUCUGAUAAAAACUUCCAACAAUGUU